AUGAGCCGCUGGCAGCUAGACAAUGUGGAGGAGGAACUGGACGAUGAGGAAAUCGCUCGCAUUCUGCAGGAGGAAGAAUACGAAAUCGCAAGGCAACAACAAAGGGAAGCACAGCAGAGACAACAGCAGGCGAAACAGCCAGCCGCUACACAGAGACCAACUCAAGCUGCACCCCUACGCUACGGUUCAGGCCCCGUGCCUCCCACCUCCACCGACGAGCUCCUGCUUCUUCAGUCGCGCUGUAGUGCGGUGAGCGGCACCACGGUGUUGAAGGGGUCGUGCUAUUUGUACCGCAACAUGUUCAAGUUUGUUUGCGUUGAGCGUGGCAAGGAAGUCGACGUCCCUAUUCAUGUCUCGACCAUCGAGCUCAUCAACCCGGCGUUCUCGGUUCCGAGCAAGGACAGCCAAGCUGCACCGCGUGUCGUUCCCACGCCCAGAGGCGCCCAACAAAAUGUUCUGCAGAUCUACACUCAGGACAAGAGGAUACACACGUUCUUCAACUUUGCGGACGACAAGACCUUCCACCAGUUCUUCAACAUCCUCACCUCAAUUCACAAGAACAAGACCGCACCGCUGGCGCCGAGCUCGACCUUCGCCGCCGCUCCGGUGGGCACGCCCUCCGUGAUGGCCCCACCCGGCUACACGAUGUACCCCGGAAUGUACCCGCAGGCCUACCCUGGCGCCUUCCCGCCGCAGCCGUACUUCAUGAUGCCGCCGCCUCACGGUUACCCCGUCCAGCUCGCGUCGCCGCCGCCGGCGCAGCCGCCCCAGACUGCUGAUGCUUCGGUGUCCGACUUCCACCAGCUUCAUCAGCAGAUGAUGAGACUGCAGAUCCAGCAGCAGCAGCCGACGCAGCAGGAGGCCUCAGGCCAGUCGCCGCAGCCGCAGCUGCAGCCCUUCAUGGGUGCGCCUUACUACUACCCGUACCCUCCGGCAGCGGCCGCGCACCCCACGCUCACCAGCGCGUCCGACGCGCCAUCGACGCCGGGUGAUCAGCAGCAGUCGUCGGCCCUCGCCGGCGUGGCUCCGCCGCCCUACUACUACCCUCCGCCGAUGCCCUACGCCAUGCCGACCGGCGCUGAGUUCCAGCCCUACGGCGCCUCCCCCUAUCCGUACCCCUACGCCGUGUCCCCUCCCGCCCAGGUCCCGCAACAGCCCCAGCCGCCCGCGCAUCAGCAACAGCAGCAGCAGUCCCAGCCUCCUCGCCCUUCUGGUCCUCCGGAAGACCUGCUGGCCUGA